CAAAAACUGGAUUUAAAAGGUUCUUUCAAGUCCGUCUCCGCCUAUUCCAGUGAAGGUAGAGCGUGAGUGAGUGAGACUGAGACAGAAAAAUCCCCCAACUUCUUCUUCUUCUUCUUCUUCUUCUUCUUCUCUGCUGGUGGGUAUUUAGGUUAGCAAGGAGAGAGUUUUCCACUGUCAUCAGAAACGCCCUGAAUGGGCCAGUCAAGUUCAACAAUAUCUGGAUCCAAUCGGAACAACAACUCAAUCCAUCGAACAAAGUACAAAUCAACAGCUAUUAUUGCUCCUAUUCAGGCAGAAGAAAAGAGUGAUGAUGACAUUAAUGUAACCUUAUUCGAUUCUCCAGAUAUCAUUUCUGAACUUCCAGAUGAAUGUUUAGCUUGUAUUUUUCAAUCUUUAGGUUCAGGUGACCGGAAACGGUGCUCACUAGUAUGUCAGAGAUGGUUUACUAUCGAAGGACAAAGUCGGCAUAGAUUGUCUCUUGAUGCUAGAUCUGAUCUAUUUCUAUUAAUUCCAUCACUUUUUUCUCGAUUUGAUUCAGUAUCGAAACUCGCUUUGAAAUGUGAAAGACGUUCUACCAGUAUUGGUGACGAUGCUUUGAUUCUAAUUUCACUGAAAUGUAGAAAUCUAACUCGACUUAAGCUUCGAGCUUGCCGAGAACUUACUGAUUCAGGAAUUACUGUUUUUGCUAAGAAUUGCAAGGGUUUGAAGAAACUUUCUUGUGGAUCUUGUACUUUUGGAGCUAAAGGAAUGAACGCAGUAUUGGAUCAUUGUGCACAUCUUGAGGAGCUUUCUGUAAAGCGUCUCCGCGGUAUUACUGAUGGUACUGCUGCUCAACUGAUUGGACCUGGUUUAGCUAGUGCUGCAUUAAAGACGAUAUGUUUGAAGGAGCUUUAUAAUGGACAGUGUUUUGGACCUGUUAUAGCUGGUUCCAAAAAUCUCAAAACACUAAAACUCUUUAGGUGUUCAGGUGCAUGGGAUGAGCUAUUGGAAUCCAUUUCUGACCGUGUUAAUAGUUGUUUAACAGAAGUUCAUUUAGAGAGACUUCAGGUAAGUGAUCGCGGACUUUCAUCGAUUUCAAAUUGCAUUAAUCUUGAAAUAUUACAUCUUGUUAAAACACCUGAAUGCACAAAUUUAGGUUUAAUUUCGAUAGCUGAUCGUUGUAAGCUUUUGAGAAAACUUCAUAUAGAUGGAUGGAAAACAAAUAGAAUAGGUGAUGAAGGACUAAUUGCUAUAGCUAAUCGUUGCCCUAAUCUUCAAGAACUUGUUUUAAUUGGUGUAAAUCCCACCACCUCGAGUUUAGGGCUUCUGGCUUCAAAUUGUCGAAACUUAGAGAGGCUGGCCCUAUGUGGAAGUGAAUCAAUUGGUGAUGCUGAAAUUUCCUGUAUCGCAACAAAAUGCGUAGCACUGAGAAAACUGUGUAUAAAAGCUUGUCCUGUCUCUGAUCAUGGAAUGGAAGCGUUGGCUGGGGGUUGCCCGAAUUUGGUGAAAGUGAAGGUUAAGAAAUGCAGGGGAGUGACUUGUGAGGGUGCGGAUUGGUUAAGGGCUAGUAGAGGUUCAUUAGCUGUAAAUUUGGAUACGGGUUCGAUGGAACCCCUAGAAGCAAGUACUAGUGAUGGUGGAGCUCUAGAAAAUGCUGGAGAUUUUGCUUCUGUGGUUAGUCAGUUAACAGUUGGUGGUGUUCCAUCUUCAAGCAGAAAUAGUCGAUCUGCCUUGGCUAAAGCAAGGCUAGGUUUUUUGGCCGGGAGAAGUUUUGUUGUUUGCACUUUGAGAAGGUGGUCAAGCACAAGCAGUAAUCAUAAUAUCUCUGCUAGUAACCAAAGAAUGAACUAAAGGAAAAUGUUGGAAAGAAAAAUACGUUUUUGUUGUAAUUGUUGAAUGUGUUUGUUGUCAGGCUUCUUUGGUUAUAAUGUAUGUUACUGUUGAAACUGCCAUCAAGAUUAAAUGCCAAUAGAUGGAAACGCAUCUCUUGCAA